UCGUGUGACUGACUGCGUUCAAACAAGCGACACAGGGGGUGUUGCGUGUGUGCUGAGCGGUCAGUCCUUCGACGCGGUCAAGGUGAAGAUGCAGACGUUCCCCAGCCUGUACCGUGGCUGCCUGGACUGUUCCCUGAUGGCAUACCGCCACGACGGGCUUCGGGGGCUCUACCAGGGAAGUGUGCCUGCUCUACUGGCCAACUUGGCAGAGAACGCUGUGCUCUUCGCCUGCUACGGGACCUGCCAGCAGCUCACCAGGAGAGUCUUUGGGCUGGGGAAAGGGUCUCACAUCAGUGACAUGCAAAAUGCCCUGUCUGGGUCCCUGGCGUCUGUCUUGUCCUCGCUUGUUUUGUGUCCCACAGACCGUGAGAUGAGGAUAGUGGGAAAGACCCCCCUUGCAUCACACAUUUCCACCUGGUCGGUGGUGAGGGACAUAUUGAAGACAGAUGGUCCUCAAGGCCUCUUCCAGGGAAUGACCAGCACCUGGCUCAGAGAGGUGCCUGGAUACUUCCUCUUCAUUGGGGGCUAUGAGAUCUGCAGAACCCUCUUUACAAAGACUGGCCAGUCCACGGAUGAGUUGGGUGAAGCGCCCCCUAUAUCGAUCAGUGGAGGAGUUGGUGGGGCCGCCUUUUGUCUGGCAGUGUACCCCAUAGAUUCAGUCAAAUCCAGAAUCCAGGUUCUAUCUAUGUCAGGCAAGCAGGCUGGGUUUAUCAGAACACUGCUCUGUAUCACGAGGACAGAAGGGGUUCCUGCUCUGUAUUGUGGUCUAACCCCUACCGUCCUGCGGGCCUUCCCCUCCAACGGAGCUCUAUUCCUGGCUUAUGAGUGGACCAGAAGAACCCUCAUCAACCACACAUCUACAGCCUGAGUUUGUAGGGCUGGAGCAAGAGGUUUAAUGUCCAGCCACAGGACCUGAUGAGUCAGUAUUCAAUCAAUGGACUCCAUGCAAUCCAACAACAUUCCACCCACUUGCCCGAGACAUGCAUCACACUAUUUCAGACAGGAUGUGUUGUCAACUAGUGGAGCACAAUUAUAAAAAAUACCCAUGUAUUUACUGUAUAUAUGUGUACAUAAAAGCCUUUCAUAUUUUUAAAUUUUAUUUAACCUUUAUUUAACCAGGAAAGUCUGUUAAGAACAAAAUCUUAUUUACAAUGACGGCCUACCCAGGCCAAACCAUAACCCGGGCAACAUUGGGCCAAUUUGUUGGCCGCCCUGUGGGACUCCCUAUUACGGCCGGUUGUGAUUACAGUCUGCAUUUGAACCAGGGUCUGUAGUGACGCCUCUAGCACUGAGAUGCAGUGCCUUAGACUGUUGCGCCACUCAGAAUGUGACUACACCACUGAUCAACAACAUUGUUUUUUGUUAUGUUUGCUCUUUUUCUACAUGAGAUAUACACUGAGUGAACAAAACAUUCAAGAACAUCUGCUCUUUCCAUGACACACACUGACCAGGUGAAUCCAGGGAAUGGUCCACCACCCAAAGGACAUCCAAGCCAACUUGGCAACUAUGGGAUUGGGAAGCGUUGGCCCAUCCUGGCCCAUGUUGAUGCUUUCCACACCGGAGUCCAUGCCCUGACGAAUUGAGGCUGUUCUGAGCAGCGGAGGCUGUUGAGGGGAGAACGACUCAUAAUAAUGGGAUGGCAUCAAACACCUGGAAACCAUCUGUUAGAUUUUUAUUGAUACCAUUCCACUGAUUCCGAUCCAGUGGAAUAGGGGGUGCAACUCGAUAUUAGGAAGGUGUUCCUAAUGUUUGGUGUACGUUGUGAAUAUUACACUCAAGUCAAGUGUUAUGCCUUCUUUAUCAUGACGGAGAAGCUACUGUAUGUAUGAAAUGGACAACAAUGUGUUCUUUUGAACAUCUGAAUCUAAUCCAAACUCGAAGUAAAGAGAUGUUAAGGUAAUGGGAACACUGUAUCGAAUUUGUUCAAAUUCUUCAUACCUUUCCAAGCUUUUUUUUCUUCUCCCAGGUCAGCAGAUGAACUGGUCAUCUGAUAUUUUCUUUGCUGUCAGUGUGAACGCGGGGAGUCCUACGAAGCAGGUUUGAGGAGUUAGCGAGGUAACUUUGGUCAACUCUGAGUUCAUUUCGGGAUAACCGGUCAGACGAAAGUGGCUGACCUUUUAGCCAGGUACAUUCCUAUGGCAGCGAAACCUAACUCAGGCUAACCUGAGUUAGGCUCAGGGGCAGGCGAACUCACGGCUAACUCCACUUACCUUGAAUGAAGUGACUGAGCCGCGAGUUGAGGACCAAUGAAAGCAGAUUCCCAUCCCCUUCAUUUGAGGAAGAUGACUGAUUAAAUAUUUUAUUAAUCAAAUGUUUGAAAAAGGA